AUGAGCGAAGAUAAUCCCAAAGUACCUAGGGUUAAGCUUCCAUUUACGUUUGAUGUUCAACUGGCAUUGUCAACAUCAUGCCCUAACACGAUAACCGUGUUACUGAAAAUUGAUAGUAUACUUCUUGACAAUCUACCUGAAAACUUCUACAACAACCAGCUAAUUUUCAAAUUGCAAGACAAUGUAUAUGAAUUAUUGCGUUCCUUGUUUUCGAAUUUUUUCUAUGUGAAAAUACAAGAAAGAAUUACAGACAAAGAUUGGAAGAUUGGGGUUAUAUAUAAUAUCCAUGAUAGGUAUUAUGGUAUGAUUCAAGUACCAAAAGACAUUAAGUCUAAAGACAUCGAUUCGAAGGUGCAAGGAAGAAUUCCUAUCUAUAGAAAUAAAGAUGAUUUCAUAUCGGGGUGGAACUUCAAUCUAGAGCGACUUGAUAAGCUGGAAGUGAAAACGCCAAUAGUGGAUAACUUUACAAUGAAGCCUCCUAUUACUAGUAUAACUGCUGAAGAUUUGCCUAAGAUGUCGGAUCAUUCUCCUCAAUCACAGACAGAUCCAGUGAGAUUCUUGUAUUCAAGAUAUUACAGUAUAUUAUAUUCAUUGAAUACACCUUUGAGUUAUUUUCCCAAAACUACAAUAAGCCGUUUCAAAAAUUUAUGUGGUAAUGAUAAUAGUGCUGUGAAGAAACAUUUAUCAAGCUUGCAUUUGUCAGUCAAGGAAUUAGAUGACAGGCACGAUGGAAAGUAUGGAAUAUUGAAAACUCUUGAUGUUAGUAAAAUUGGAAGCGGUGAUUUUGAUAUGAGAAAAAAAUAUGAGACCCAGAAUCAAAAAGAAUUUUUGAAUAAAAACCAUGAUUUGUUCGUUAAACUAACGGCAACAGAGAAUAAUCAACAAAAUGAUAUGAAUGAUACUAACACCAAUGCUAACCAGGAAAAGCAGGUACAUUCUUCCGAUGAUAGCAACUUAUCAUUUGCUCUUGAUCUUAAAGUCAGAGAAGCUCAGUUGCAGAUUUUAAUCUUAUUAGAAUUGCUUGAUUGUUGGCAAGUAGUGGAAAGUGACUUUCUAGCUAUGAACUUGAAAAGACAAGAAAAGGAGGAGAAACAAAUGACAAAACAGAAAAAGAAAUCUUUGGUACGUAAGAAGUCAAUCACGUCUAAAAAAAUUGUACCUACUUUCUUGGGGAUGGGUGUUGAUAUUCAAGGUAAGCAUAUUGUUUCGCAGCCAGCAUCAACAGAGAUAAAUGAAUUCAUAGUAUAUGAAACAUUAAACACAUUACUCGAUAGGAUGGGCCUUUGGGAUACUUUGUUGGAUAGGUCUACAGGCGAUAAAGAUGAAAGUUCUUUUGGGUUUUUGGCGUAUGUUCUAAUUCCAUAUUUUCGUCAGAGAUUACCGUUGACAAUUAAAUAUAUUAUUGAGAGGGUAAAGGGGUUGAGUUUAAAAUUGAAUUCCAAGCCGAAUAGGCAGAAUACACAGAAGCAGUUGAAUUUAAAUGAGAUAAAUGAGAUAACUAAUGGGAAGGGCAGUACUUCUAAUACACAAGCCAGUCGUACUUCAAAAUUCGCAAAAGUUCAUAUAGACCCGAAGCAAGUCCCAUUUCUUAAAAAAUCUUCUUCAACAAUUGGGCUGAAGUAUGAUUUAUUGCCUGCAUUUUCGCUUAAAAGAUCUAAAUCAACCUUAUCAUCCAAAAAUUUACAAAAGCGACAAGUUGAUAUGUCUCUGAAUUUGAAAUCCUUCAGUGAAUCGAAUCGUGAUAAUAUAGAAAAACCGUCUACUUUAUCUAGAAGUCUUUCAGAAAAAUCAGAUUCUGGGAGUAGAAGGCAAAUUAUUUUCGGGAAUGCAAAAAAGCUUAAAUCACAGCCAGAUAUUAUAUUAAAUAACCCACAAGCGGCAUUUUCUCAAGUUGAAGCUACACCGGCAAAGAAGAAACCGGAAGCGGUUAUCGCAGGUAUACCGUCUGAGAUCACUACACCGACCCAUCCUAAUCGAUAUCAAAAGACAACGAUUGCAAGAACGCCAGUGGACCAAUUUUCUCGCCCGACGAUAGCUGCUUCAUAUAAUGAAACAACAAUUCCAUGCUCUACAGUAAAGGAAAGACCGUCUUUGAGCGAUAGAUUGGUAAGUGCGUCAUUGGCACCACCUGUGGAUAUGGCCAUCAAUUCUUCUCCAGUGAGUACAACUACGGCGCCGAAAAGAGAUCAGUCAACAGCGGAAGUCGUUGCGAGUUCACCAUUCAAUCGCAUAGGGUCCGCAGUAGAUAUCAAAUCCUCACCAUUUCAAGAAGAACUGAGUAGGAAAAGAAAAAAGCCUGGAGACCCAAUUUCGUUUCAAGAAUCAGCUUUUUUUGAUACCACUUUGAACGGCUCCCCAGUUUCCACUUUAUUAAAGGAAGCAAAUACGAACGAUUCAACUUCUAUAUUCAAGAGAAGUAGCACGAAAAGAAAGAGACCGAUAUCAACUAACAUGAAACAUACAACUACAGAUAUAACUGAUGACGGCGACAUGAUAUCAAAUAUAAAUAAUCAGGACCAAGCAUUUAAGGAAGAUAUUGAUUCAUUAUGA